AUGCAUUAUCUUCAAAAUAAAAAGCACCAAGUUUUUUUUACAGAAAGUAAAAGGUUUAAGCGAGGGAUUUUGAAUACAAUAAAUAGACGGCAUACAAUAUGCUGCCUCUAAAGUGAUUUAUAUCACUAGAUCUAAACCAAUUUGAACUUUGAAUUAUUUCAUAAAAGAAGUUAUUCAAGUUCUCAUUCAACAACCGAUCAAGAUUCCAAUUUGAAAGAGGAUGUCUCUAAAUCUUCAAAAGAUGACCAAAAUAACUAAUUUAAAAAAAAUUAAGAGAAUCGUUCUCAAAGUGAGAGCUAAUCAAUCCAUUUAUCCAAACAAUCUAACCAAAAAAAAAAUGAUGAUGACAUAAACAAUAUUUACUAAAUUCGAUAAAAUGAAGUGGAUUUUUAAUAAUUUAAAUAAGAUUUUUAGUUGGAUGUCAUUUAAUUGGAAACCUUGUACUAUUACCUUUCAAGAGCUGGCUUCCAACGCUCUGCACCUUUGUAGAUUCUCCCUUACCUUUGUUAUUAUUUUUAUUCUCUAAUUUUAUAUAGAAGUGAUAUAUUUAAGAUUUUAGCUCAGUAUAUCGAUAUGAAAAGUCGAGAUCAAUAAAGAUAGUAAUUAAUGGAAUUGUAAGGGAGAUUUUUCUCAGAAAAACUCAAUAAUUAAUGCCUGUCAUAAAUUGAGUUUUAUAAUUACUUAAUUAAAGAUUAACUUAAUGAAACCAUGGUUUUUGAUCUUCUAGAUCAAAUAAUUUAUAAAUUAAAUUUUUAUUAUAAUUUGCUUCUUGAUGAUUUUUUGAAAUACUUUUUAUUAUCAACUCUAUAAGUUUAGAAAAUAAAAGAAUCUUUAGGAGAUACAAAUAUUUAUAUGAAAAACAAUAUAGCUUUAGGAAAUAUUAGAUUCGUUUUUAAAAAAAAGGAUGGAGAAUUAAUUAAUUUUAAAUUCCCUAUAGGAAAUUUUUCAAAUAUUCAGUUUUAUGAUUAUGUCUAGUUUUUGAAAGAUUUUGCCAAAUAAUUACCUAUAACUAAAUCAAUUCAGUCUUUUAAUGAAUUUCCUACUGAACCCCCACCAUAGCGAAAGGACAAUGAUAUUAUAUCUUUUGGUGGACUUUGA